AUGUCUUCUGUGCAAAAUCCAGUGGUGUCUAUGUUAUUUCAGAUUUGCAUGCUCUACAUCCUUUCUGGAAAAGGAGCGUAUUCUCUUUCAUGCACACUCUGUAUAAUCGAAGGUUCGAUAGAAUGUGUUGGUGAAUCUGUAUCGUGUCCCCAAGGGUUAAUCUGCAGCACCUCAUCCACAGAAAUCACUCGAUUCGAUGGGCUGAUAUAUUACAAUGUCAGAAAGUAUUGUGGGGAUCCAGGCAGGUGUGACAGAAUGGCCCAUUCUACCUACACAAACUAUAAAAGCCUGGAGGUGAUAACCUGCUGCGACACAGAAAACUGUACUGGGCCUGUUCCGACAUGGCCUAAAUAUAACACGGAGCCAAAUGGGCUGACCUGUCCAACCUGUGCCUACCCCGGCUUUGAUUGCCUUGCUAAGGACACCAUACAGUGCAUCGGGAAGGAGGAGAAAUGCUUUACGCAAACUGAAUAUCAUCAAGGACUCUGGCAAGGCAACGUGCAGACAAUGCGAGGCUGCAGUACUGAAUCUCACUGCAAGUUUGGCAAUUGGAGCAUGAGGCGUCAGGACUUCAGUAUAGAGAGUAGAAUUACCUGUAGCUUCCCAAAUAGUGGCAAUUCCCAAAGCUUUUCUUUUUUUCUAAUAGGUCUUUGUCUUGUGCUAAUACAUAUUUAUUUAGAACAAAAAUGA